UUCUAUUCGCAGCAGGCUCUUUCCGAACGCUCGAACGACGGUUGUGCAUCAACAAACACAUGCAAUUUACCAUAGCAUUCCGGAGAAAAUCAAAGGAUGCCCUGAAGUGAUCAUGUUUCAACCUGUUCCAUGGAUUGGACAGUGGCGCAUGGUACUACCAAAUGGUCACCCACAGAAUCCACCAGGGAUAUUCCCUCCAGUGCCAUCUUUUGAGCGUUGCCGUUCAUCUCCAAAGACCUCUCACAAUGUCAAGAAACAAGUCCCACACGAGGUGUCACACAGUUCGGGAACGUGGGACAUAACGUCCAAAUCUUCCUGCGUUGUAUCGAAAAAGAAUGGAAAAGGGCUCAAGCGUCACCUCGAUGCAGAGAGCACUUCUCCUCCCCAGACAAAGCGUCGAAACUCCCUGCCUCAAGUGCUGUCCUCACACAAGGAAGACUGGGAAAAAGUGUCUCGGGAUAUCCAGUUUUACUUUGAGAAGAACAAACAGACCAAGGAAAUGCUCCGCAAAAAGAUGAAGCUGAGAGACACGCUGUACAGUAUAUUUAGGAAGUCUUUUCCACUUUGUGGCUUAUACAUUGUCGGCUCCUCCAUGAAUGGAACGGGAUCCUGCAAGAGUGACAUGGACAUGUGUCUAAUGCUUACACAUUAUGAAAUGAACCAAAGGACAGAGGCAACCACAAUCCUUCGGCACCUCGCAGACUCUCUGCAGGAAUUUGAUUUUGUGCAACAGCUGCAAGUUAUCUACGCCAAAGUGCCUAUCCUCAAAAUUAAAGAUGCCGUCAGCGGUGUAGAAGUGGAUCUCAACGUCAACAACACAGUGGGCAUCCGCAACACUCAGCUCCUCAAUUGUUACACACGCAUGAAUCCGCGGGUAGCACCGCUUACCCUUCUGGUCAAGGCCUGGGCCCAGCACCAUGGCAUCAACGAAGCUCGACACAUGACUUUGUCCAGCUACUCCCUCGUUCUAAUGGUCAUCCACUACUUGCAGUGCGAGUGUCAUCCACCUGUUGUUCCAUGCAUCCAGCAGAUGAUGCCAAACAAGUUUCAGCCAAAUGAAGAUGUGAGGAACUUGAAGCUAUACGAGGAUCUUCCUCCUUUUGUCUCUGAGAACAGCAUGAGCUUAGGGGAGCUCUUUCUGGGAUUUCUCCACUAUUACAGUUCCAAAUUUGAUUUUUCUCAGCAGUGCAUCUCUGUGCGACUGGGUGCUACCAUACACAAAAAUGUAGCCAUCAAAUAUCAAUCCAUCAAGAAUUGCCCCGGGCAGUGGAAAUACAUUUGCAUAGAAGAACCAUUUGAUCGUACCAACACUGCCCGUGCUGUGUAUGACCCUUCUGCCUUUGAACUGAUCCAGAGCACCUUCAAUAGGAGUGCCUCUCUCCUUCAGGCCACUCGUUCCCUCCAAUCUGUCCUGCCUUUGUAGCUCUCUUCCUUGAGGAUUAAGGGAAAAGUGUAAAUAUGUCAAAUUUUAUGCCAAUUAAUAUAAAGGAUACAGAAACCUC